GCCCUCAACUGCGCCGUGGGCUACGGGCUGCAGUCGGAGGCCGCAUCGUCACCCGCUCCGGCGCCUGUAGCGCCCGCUCUUCGGUGCCGGCUCCAACAACGCCCGCGACACAGCACCAUAAUGGGCGCUUCCCGGAUUCCGGACUCGAUUGCCGAGCUGGUCGCUACGCCAGAAUCAGAAAAAAAGCAGCCCGUUCUUGCUAGCCGGCGCGCCCCGGUCUUGCAUCUUGCGCUACCUUUGGCCGGCAGCUACAGCGUCAUCCUCGCCUACCGCAAAAUCGUCUCCGCCAAGGCACACCACAGCAUCGGGUGGCUGCAAACAGAAACCAAGCGUAUCAACACGUACAAGGACCAGGCCAAGCACAUGCGGGAUGCCACUCGGCAGUGUCUGGUCGGAAGUGCUGAUGCCCCAGCGCCCGGCUUGUCGUUUCGAGACUGGGAGGACUGGCUCGGCCGCUGGGACGUCAUUGCGGAUCUGGAUGCAUUCUUUGCGCCGCAUCUCAUCGAGGCCUACAAGGGAUCCAAGGUCGUCAUAGUCGAGCGUGACGUCGAGGCAUGGGUUAAGGACAUGGACGAACUCUUGAUUAAGCCCCUUUUCUCGACGUGGGGUCACUUCUUCGCCAGGUUUUUGGAGCCGGUAGCGAACCGACAUUCCUACUGGGCGACAAGACAACUUCUCUGCGCAUACUUUCAGGCAGACACGAGGGAGACCAUGCUGAAGAAUAUGAGAGGUGCAUACGAAUCACACUACAACACCAUCCGAUCGAAGGUGCCAGCCGAAAGACUAUUAGAGUACCAGCCAGGAAGCGGCUGGGCGCCAUUGUGUGCCUUCCUUGGGGUACCGGUUCCCGACUGCCCGUUCCCCGAAGAGGACGAAACAGCCGUUUUGAAACAGUUACUGCGUGAGCUACAUCAGAGGAGGCUGUUCACAAUCAGGAUACGCCUCGUCUUCGCUACCAUGCUAAUGAUCGGCAUUGCUCUUGGGGUGUGGGCAUAUUUGCGGUAUACAUGAGGCACUGUCAGCUUAGUCUGACGACGUUUCUUAAGCGCCCACCACGCCGCCACUAGCCAUGUCUGCGCACCAGUCUCGG